UUUCGCGCCAAAAGAUGGAAAAAUCCAAAGACGAUUUCUAACAUCUAUUUUGAGGUCUUGUUUUGAGGUGAAUUUGAACUUUUAUAGAACACUGAGGUAACGGGUCAGGGUGGCAAAUAUAGCAAUGGGGCAAGAAUCUGAAAAAGAUGAUGAGAAUAUAAUGAAUAUCCUUGUCGCUACAGAUAUUCACUUGGGCUAUGGAGAAAAAGAUCCAAUACGUGGAAAUGAUUCUUUGGUCACAUUCGAGGAGAUCCUUCAACAUGCACAGGCACAGAAGGUCGACUUCAUAUUGCUUGGCGGCGAUCUAUUCCACGAAAACAAACCCUCGCGAAAAAUCGUCCAUGGCUGCAUGGCCUUGCUGCGAAAGUACUGCAUGGGGAACAAGCCGUGUCAAGUGGAAUUCCUAAGCGAUCAAUCCAUCAACUUCAUGGAUAGUCAUUUUCCUGUGGUGAACUAUGAAGAUCCCAACAUGAACAUCGGUAUCCCUGUGUUCAGCAUUCAUGGUAACCACGAUGACCCGUGCGGUGCAGGGCAGCUGUGUGCAGUAGACCUGCUAAGUGUUGCUGGACUCGUAAACUACUUUGGAAAAGCAAGAUCGCUAGAUGAUAUUCAAAUCUCACCUUUGCUGCUGCAGAAGGGAGAGACAAAGCUGGCGCUAUAUGGUUUAGGCAGUGUCCGAGAUGAGAGGCUUCAUAGGUUGUUUUUGAAUUCGCACGUGACCAUGCUGCGGCCGCGCGACGACCCCGACUCGUGGUUCAAUGUCUUCGUCCUGCAUCAGAACCGUGCGAAGCACGACUCUAAGAACUACAUUCCAGAGAGCUUCCUCGACGACUUUCUCGACCUCGUUGUAUGGGGUCACGAGCACGAGUGUCGACUAGAACCAGAGUGGAACCCUGAGCAGAAUUACUAUGUCAGUCAGCCAGGCAGUCCGAUCGCGACAUCUCUCAGUGAAGGCGAGAUGGUGCGGAAGCAUAUUGGACUGCUGAAGAUCAACAAGAAGAGUUUCAAGAUGGAGAAGAUUCUGCUGGAAACUGUGCGGCCGUUUAUCACCGAAGACCUCAGACUAAGUGACACCAGCCUUGACCCCUCAGAGGAGGGCAUCGAGAAGAAGAUAGAAGACUACUGUACCGAAAAGAUUGAGGUGAUGAUAGACACGGCUAGGCGUGACCAGCUUACAGGCAAUGAGAGGCAGCCUACUUUACCUCUCAUCAGGCUCAGAGUUGACUACUCCGGUGGAUUCGAAACGUUUCCUAUCAGUCGAUUCGGCCAGAGGUUUGUAGAAAAAGUGGCCAAUCCAAACGAGAUUAUUCACUUUUUGAAAAAGAAGCUCAUGGGGAGAAACCUGAAAGACGGCAACACUGUAGGUGCAGAAAUGGCAGAUGUCCUGAAGGAAGAGUUGGAAAUCUCGCGAGUCGAGGAUCUCGUGAAGGAAUAUUUCUCGCGGGCCGACAGCAAGAACAAGCUACUGCUGCUCACCGAGCGAGGUCUCGGGGAUGCCGUCAAGGAGUUUGUAGAGAAAGAUGAGAAGGAUGCAAUAUCGGAACUCGUAAAGUACCAGCUACAGAAGACUCGCGACUACCUGAAAAACAAACCUCCAUUUGGUUUAGGCGCAACUGAGCUAGAAGAGGCAGUCAAGCAAUAUAAGGAGGAGCGGAAGGGGAGAGUGGAUGAUGACGCCUCAGAGGUGAGGGAGGCACUGGAACGCUCCCGGCUGACUAACUCCACCCGCAACGAGCCGCGAGACCAGUUCACUCACGAUGACUUCGACUCGGAUGACGGCGAGGCGGCGGAAGCUGGGACGGGCAAGCGCGGACGUGGGCGCGGAGGGAGAGGGUCGCGAGGAGGUCGGGGCUCCCGCGGUGGCAGAGGAAGCCGAGGAGGAAGGGGACGCGGAAAAGAAUCACUCACUAUGAGUUCUUCAGCUGUUAGCACAGCUGGUUCAAGGCGAGGAAACGGUACCGAGUUGGCUGGGUCCAAUACCAUGUCGCGUUUCCUGACUCGUAAUAGCAGGCCUGCAGAGAGUGAUGGUGCCAAACCUAGCAGGCCAGUAUUAAUCAGUAGUGAUGACGACGAUCCGGAUGAAGAGAAUUUUGCUGGAAAACGUUCAACAACAUCAUCUGUACCAGCAACCAGUCGGACAACGGUCACUUCCAGUCAGCGAAGGAAGCGGGGCAAGGGAGCCACGUUUGCGUUUUCUGGUUCAGAUUCGGAUGAGAAUGUGACUCCGGUAAACAAGCGAAGGAAGCGUUGAUUCGCAUAGCAACACUGUGAUACUGCACUCAUUUUCUGUCAUUCGUUUGCACUUUUAUCUGUUUAUCAUGCAGAAUGUCGUAGAGAACGUUUCGGUAGUCAUAAAAUUUUUAUGACAAGUAAUUAUGUUUCACUGAAUGGAAAGGUAUGUUGUUGAGUGCUUAAUUGUUCAGUAAAUAUCACUGAAAAGGAAACUGGAUUUGUUGACUAGAUAAUUAAUUGACAUUACUAUAAAGUGAUAUUCACUACUAUUUCUGUUGUGCAGUUUCCAGUUGCGACAGGCAAACUAUAUCCCCCUGCCCGAGUGAACAAUGACUAUAGUGCUUAUCUCAAGAUUGUAAAAUGUAAUGAUUAUAAAAUUUGCACGAAUUGUAUUUUUGAUGACAACUUCAUCGUCACCAUUCCUUUCAUUCGUGGAGUUGAACAUUAAGAAAUGGGUGUGACCAUCUUGUGAUGUCUCAGAAAUUAAAAGCCCAUUAGAAAAUUAUCAUGGAACCGGUGGAUUUCGUUCAAAUAGUACGAGUAACUUGGUGUUAGUCCAUGUCAUUACCUAGUAAGUAUGAAUUGUGGAGUGUGAAUACUGUUAUCUAGUAGGAGGCACAUCAUUCUUCCUUGGUUGCAUGUGUAGAAAUUGUGGCGACUGCAGAGAAUAGCUUACACAUACGACCAAUUCAUUUAUGCAACGUUUGAAAACGUUUGAAAAAAGUUAUAAGUUGGCAAGUAUCUGUAAAUUGUGGGAUUUGCUAUCAUGGUGUAUUGUGUAGAUUGUAUAUGUGUC